CAUGUCAAUACUUGAUCGAAACGCUUUUAAAUAGGAUUCCUCCGGUUUUAUGUUUAUGUUGUAUCGAAAGUUACGAAGAAGAAGUCAGGAUGACGCCUGGUAUUUCUUACUUUGUUAUUCUAGGAUUAAUAGCCUACGCCAAAGUUUGUAAAGGUAACAUGAUCUCCUGGCCGGAAGGAAAGUAUGCCCUUCUCAAGCCAACCACAGGGUGCCCGGUUGGAUGGCCCCAGAAAUCAGGCUGGAUUUACCAGGACACGGAAGACACUCUACCUAGUAACAAUAGAUCCCAGUCUCUUCAUAUUGACGGAUACGUGGCUGCUAGCUACGUUCUAAGAAAAUUUUGUUUGAAGACAAAUUCAAAGGGAACAUCAUGGCCAAAAGGACAAUAUUGUGUGUAUAACAAGUUCUACGGAAACUGUCCAAAGACCAGUGGAACGUCAUCAGGUCGAAUUCGAUGGGAUGAUGAAAACACAAUGAACCAAAAUCAGUUAAUUACACCUCUUCCUUAUUAUGAUAAUUCCAAUGGUAACGUACGGUUGACKUUUUGCUGUGCAAAUAGCGGAGACAAAUCCGUUCCUAUCAAGCUACCAGCAACGCGYCCRUUUUACUUAUUGCCUUAUAAUUCGYCGAAAUGUCAACAAGUUGAGUGGAUGGUCGCCWCGACGGAAUGGAUUAAAUACGAUAAAGAAAAGACCGGCGCUGAUUAUAGCGAACGAACUGGGUCAGUACCUUAUAGUAUACUCAACAGGAAGGACAUUACGAUGUACUAUUGUUAUUAUGAAAGUAAUUUCCAGUCUCCUGGAUAUCCAAACAACUACACGGAUGGUCAACUUUGUGCCUGGAAAAUAAGUGUGCCUUCCAACUACACCAUCAAAGUAWCAUUCACAKCAUUCGACCUUCACAGCAACGAUAGUUUGGAACACUACGUCAWGGUCAAUGAGAGCUACAGUCUAGUCUAUCGUUACCAUGGAGAUGACGUACCCGAAGUYGUGACGUCACAUUCAAAUGACGUCAUGUUUGUGUUUCGCACAAACGAGAAGUUUAAUAGCUAUGGAUUCCGUGCUGAGUACGUUAUAGUCCCGACAGAAGAGCUCUUUAUAACGACUACAACUACACCAACAAGACCCACAUCACGUCCUGACACCACUGAACAUGUCAUUAGUAUAACAACAGUGAAAUCGCCGCAACCAAACGAGACAAGUACGCAUGCUCCUGCCAAAGCAUCUGCUUGCCAAAGCAGUUCCACGGUCAUUCUCAUAGUGAUACCGCUGGCCUGUUUUAUCGUUGUUGUGGUUGUUAUGAUCGAUAUUUGGUAUCGCUGUCGAAACAGAAAUGGAAAGCUAAAGGUUGACAAGGUAGAGCUAAGUCCUGACAUGGCUGUUAACGGCAUUUACGACUGUGAAAUGAUAGUUUCCCAAUGUAGCACCAUUACCAGACCAACAACCGUUGGUACCGAUGGCCAGGAAACGACCCAUCAUGAAUCAAGCGAUGACCAGGAAAUCUACCAAAACGCGGCAUACUUUCCUGACGAGUCUCCAUCAUCCAACAAACCAAGAAGUUUUUCCGUACAAAGUGAUUUUUACCUUGAGCCCCUGCAAUGCUUGCCCGAAGAUGAUCCCGAAUACAGCAAAGCUGUCGAACGCAGCCCGAUGGUGGGUUCGGAAGAGUACGGAUAUAUCGAAUCGCAUGGAGAAGUGCCUCGAGCAGUUUCCGGAGAAUACGGAUACCUUGAACCACUUGGAUACGUCCCACGAAGUGAUUCCGACGAAACGCCGAUGGAAAUCCGAGACGAUAACGAUCAGAGUAAAUUGUUCCCUGAGAUGAAAGGUGGUAAUGACGUCAUUGAUGUCCCGAGUGGCGUCACGGUGUCUGAUGAUAACCCCAUAUAUGURUAUGAUAAUGUGUGUGAGACUUUGGACUCAGAUGAGGAUUUGUACGCCAGUGUAGAUUAGAUAAGAAGUCGAUCGYMCAAGYUCRAAAUGUUAUUCACCAUGUAGCAGACUUUGCGCGCCAAGUUGACACUUACCUCAGCGGUACUAGAAUACUAAUUUCUUCCUCAUACAGUCAACUCUCGCCUUACGGACAGCCCGGCCCGCUAUUACGGACACCUCGAUAUUACGGACACGAAAUACUGAAUCCCCGGCGAAAGAUACAAAGAAAUGCCUCGAAGUAACUCCCGUUAUUAUGGACUGCUCCUCGCUACUUCGGACAAUAAAUUACGGUCCUGGGGGUGUCCGUAAUAGCGAGAGUUGACUGUAUUGCUAAUUUUUGCUCUCAAUCGUAAUCGCUUUGCUAUUAUGGGCAUUAAAUACYUCUUCUAAAUCCGGGUUAACUUUUUUGAYUUGGACAGGUAUUGUUGUUUAAAUAUACAAUGGCGGUCUUCUGACUUCUCCAUG